CAAAAGAUGUCACAUUUAAACAUUUCAAGAAAAUACCUUAUUUUCAGCAAGUUGUUGUUUUUAAUAUAACAGGGGCGUUGGUUGCUAUCUUUUAUAUAUUCAUUUUCUGCUGCUUAGACAGUUCAAGCCUCCAGUGAAAUUAACGUGCAUGUUUUACAAAUGUAGGAGAGAAAAUGGAUGUAAGCUCAGGAAGAAGAUCCUAAUACACAUCAAGGGGAACCAGACUUGUGCACAGCGACUGUAAACACUGUUGUCUGACUGAGGAUCUUCAUGUGAGCCAAGGAGGUGCAGACAUCUCGAUGAACAUGGACCGCCUCAACAGGAAUGUGCCAGAGAGCAACACACAAGCUCACCAGAUGUUCAAGAGCACACCACUGGAUUUGAUUGAGACUGGAAAGGGACUGAAGUUCCAGGCUGAGCGCCCACAUCUGGUCAGCCUAGGUAGUGGACGUCUGAGUAUUGCCAUUACUCUGCUGCCCCUGCCUGAAGGCCGCACAACUGUUGGUCAUGGUCCCAUGGACAUCACCAUCCAAGGCCCCGGGGUGGAAGCUCAGCAUUGCUACAUAGAAAAUAGGUCAGGGGUCAUCAUGCUACACCCAUGUGGGAACGUGUGUGCUGUUGAUGGACUUCAAGUGACACAACCGAUCCGCUUGUCCCAAGGCUGUAUGCUGUGUUUUGGUCAGUCAGCCUUUUUUCGCUUCAACCACCCUGAAGAAGCCUUAAGAAUGAAGAGUAUGAUGCCCUCGGGAGGCAACAUUUCCACUGGGGACUACAGAACGUGUGCAGACAUGGAGACCUUGGUCAACGGGAAUCAUCGGGCCAGUCCAGCACAGUCUUCCCAAGAAACUGGUGAGAGUAUCCAGUCUGAGCACAGUUUAAUUGUAAGCUCUAUUGAAAAGGACCUCCAGGACAUCAUGGACUCCUUAGUCAUUGAUGACCCUGAACCUUGCUCCUCUGAAGAGAAAAAGCCCCAUGGGGGCCAAUCAGUUACUCAUUCAUACGUGUUACCCAUGGUCAAUGGUGGGGGCAGGUAUUUGUUAUCCCCUCCUACGAGUCCUGGGGCCAUGUCAAUGGGAUCCAGCUAUGACAAUACAUCCCCACCCUUUUCUCCUCUCUCUUCCCCCUCACCAGCCAGCAGUGGUAGCGUUACUAGCCCAUCUCCUGGUGGAGCGCCCCUGGAUCACAUUUCUUCUCUGCCACCUGUGCCUGCACGCUCAUCGAGCUACAUCUUUGCCACCCAUUCACAACUUGUAUCCCAGCCACGGACCAACCUACCUAACUUUAAUGGUGACAGCAUGAGUCAAAAGGUUCAAGAAAGCCCCAGGCUACAAAGAAAUAUCUUAGGGGAUGCUCCUCCUAGCCCUAACCCUAGUCACAGAGGAUUACGCCAAGAUGGGUCAGUGACUUCCAAACAGACCCCACUUUUGUCUUUGAAUGAAUGUCUCAGCAGCAGAAGUAUUGUGCCGAGUAGCCCUGGUUUCAAUUCCAAGUUUCCAACUUUUCCUUCCAUGUCCACUAGUAUGAGGACCAAGACAACAACAGUGCUUCAUGAAAGACCUUCCAGCCCUUUUAGAGAGGAGCAGACAAACUUAGCUGAUGCCUCCAUCAACUCAAGCCCAUCCAUGCAACUUUCCCAACCUACUAAGGCUUUUCAGCCCCCUCUUGAUCCUGUUGUCCAUAUAAUACAAGGAUCACCUUGCCAGCAGCCACCAGAAAGUCCCCGCAUGACCAGGCGAAACAUAGAACUGAAUGGCGGAGGAGGUAAUAUAAGAGAUCUUCCACCUCUAAGUCCCUCCAUUGCUCGUAGAGGCGUCCCAGUACUCCCAGGGGCACUCCCUGGAACAGUACCAACCCUGAAGACACCUGAUAGCCCCUCAGGUAUAGGCAAGCUGGUCUCAGAGAGUCCUAGGCUUCAUCGUAAGACUGGAACUCCACCUGUUGACCUGUCUAGCAGCUGGGGAAUGCGAGCCCGUAGUCCUUCACCCACAUCUCUCAUGAUGGAAAGCGGCAUGGGAAUACGAAAUGCCAGCUAUGGGAAUUCGCUUUCUUCUGCAUAUAGUCUUGGUUCUCUGCCUGGCUCAUCUCCCGUGUCAAGUCCCAGAAUCAACAGGAAAUUAUCAACUGGGCGACCAGGGAUGAGGGAGAGGAAGAACAGCAUCUCAGAAAUAAGCGACAAUGAAGAUGAGCUUUUGGAAUACCAUCGAAGACAGCGGGAGGAGCGACUUCGAGAGCAGGAAAUGGAGAGACUGGAGAGACAGCGACUGGAGACAAUAUUAAAUCUCUGUGCUGAGUACAAUAAAGGAGAAGACAUCAGCCCAGACCCACUCAGCUUUGGGAAGACAGGUUUCCCUGGCAGGUUUUCAGAUACCUCACUCCAGGGUGCAUCCAUUGAGAGGAUCCUUGGAGGAGCACCGACCACAGGCUCUGUGGGACUGACACAGAGACAGAGGGAGAGUGAUGAGGAGAAUCUGAAGGAGGAGUGUAGUAGUACAGAGAGCACUCAUCAGGAGGUGAGGACAUCUCCAGCUCUAUGCGCAGCAUCAGCACUGCUUAAUGGAGACAAACAGCAUGAGGAUGUGGCCAGUUCAGAUCGAAUGGAGUUGGGUUACCUGGAGGAGGAGAGGGUGCGCGUUCUGUCGCGACUUGAUGAACUCAAAACUCGGCUGAUGGAGCUGGAGCAACAAUACCAAGAGUCCAAACAAGAGGCUGAGAUGGAGUGCGCCUUGCUGCAGGGAGAGAGACAGGCAGAACUCGACCAGAUAGAGGCAGAGAUGGAUAUCAUCAGUCAGCUGCAGCACAGGCUGGACGAGCUGGAGAGUUCCAUUCAGCAAGAGAAAGACAAGGAGAGAACUCAUGUUGAGGCCGAGCGUCAGGCCCUACAGAGACUCCAGGAAGGCCAUGCUGAGCUGAAGAACCAGCUGCAUAACUGUCCCGAGUCCCUGCGUGAACAGUUGCAGGAAAAGUUCAAAAGGGACGGAGAAGCUCUGGAAGCAAGAACCAAGAAGUUUGAGGAUCUGGAGUUUCAACAACUUGAGAGAGAGAGCAGCUUGGAGGAGGAAAGGGAAACAAUGAGCCAUCAGUUGCUGCAGGAGAGAGCACAAUAUCACAGCGCUGUGACCAAGAGGAAGGAGAAAGUGUCUGCUUUAGAGAGCCAGGCCAACCAGCUGGGCCUCCAAGCAUCUCAGGAAUGUGAGCGUCUCGCCAAAGAUAGGACCAUCACGCUGCAAAUGCUCCAAAAGGAGAACGAGAGGUUGUCUGCUUUGGAACAACGGUAUCACAGCUUAACUGGAGGAAAGAGUUUCCCAACAUCCUCUACAGCCAUACGAGAAGAGCGUGUGAACCAGUUGACUCCAAUGUAUGGGAUGCCAAAGGUGGAGUCCUCCCCUACCUCUCCUCUUCGCCAUCCUCUGCAGUCUGGGGCCAUAGAUACCACCUUUUCCUGCCCCACCUCACCUCCCAGCUCCCACUUGUCUUUCCCUUUGGAGGUGUUCCGCUCCAAGCUUGACAGUGAUCCAGGACAGUCUCAUCUACCUAAGUCUGGAUCUACUCUCCAGGAGGGAGCAGCAACAAUGGGCCGGAACACAAGCUCGAAAACCCCUCUUCUAACCGCUAAAAGCUCAAGCAGCCUGCCCAGGAACCUGGCUGCCACCUUGCAAAGCAUUGAGACCAAAAGGCAACUUGCUCUGCAGCAAAAAGAACCCCAGACAUCCAAUCAGCCACGCACUGAAGGAAGAUCAGCAGGUCAACAGGUGAUUGAAGAGCAACGACGUCGUCUGGCUGAGCUAAAGCAGAAAGCAGCGGCAGAAGCUCAGUACCAGUGGGAGGCGCUCCAUAGCUUGCAGCCUCAACUCAUCAACUCCACGGCCGCCUACUCCCCAGCAAUUUCCUACAGUCCCAGUCUGAGUCACAGGUCUACUGGCCCCCCUCCUCUGGUGCAGCACUCCAUCCUACACCACCAUCCAGGAUCAGCUGGAGAGCAGCCUUACGACACGCUGAGUCUGGAGAGCUCUGACAGUAUGGACACUUGUGUGUCCACAGGGAACAACUCUGCCUGCUCACCAGAUAAUUUAUCCAGUGUCGGAGGAGCAGACUCGCUGAAGAUUGAAGAGAUGGAGAAAAUGCUGAAGGAGGCACAGAUGGAGAAAGCCAGACUUAUUGAAUUUCGUGAACAGGAGAGCUUCGCACGCCAUCAGAUGCUGGAGGAUGAGCGGAAAAGGAGGGAAGAAGCAGAGAAAAGACUGCAGGAUGAAACUCUCCACCGACAGCAGCUGGUGGAGAAGGAAGUCAAGAUGAGAGCCAAGAACUUCUGUCAGGCCCGUCCAAUGACGCGCUACCUGCCAAUUAGGAAGGAGGAGUUUGACCUUCGCACUCACGUUGAGACGUCUGGCCACAGCGUGGACACCUGCUACCACAUCAUCCUCACUGAGAAGAUGUGCAAAGGCUACCUGGUCAAGAUGGGAGGCAAGAUCAAGUCGUGGAAGAAACGGUGGUUUGUCUUUGAUCGCCUCAAAAGGACCUUCUCGUACUAUGUGGACAAACAUGAGACCAAGCUGAAGGGUGUGAUAUACUUCCAGGCUAUUGAAGAGGUUUAUUAUGAUCACCUCCGCAGCGCCACAAAGAGCCCAAAUCCCGCCUUGACGUUUUGCGUGAAGACCCACGACCGCUUGUAUUUCAUGGUGGCCCCCUCGGCAGAGGCCAUGCGGAUCUGGAUGGACGUAAUCGUCACGGGAGCCGAGGGGUACACUCAGUUCCUCAACUGACGACACAAGCGAAGACGAGCGCAUUUUCGGCAGGGACUCUGAAGACACUCCCAAUUUCUAGUCCAUGGCUUUUUGUGUUUAUAUUAUUAUUUUUUUUAAACAUGUUUACACAACACCAUUCAUUGAAAAAGGGAGCUGAUGGAUUACACACACACACAUUUAUGUAUAUAAACCAAAAUAUACACAUUUCAAAGACUUUAGAAAGCCUAUCUAUAUUGCCAGAUGGAGAUCUUUUUUUUUUUUUUGUUAACUGUUGAAAUUGCCAAAUCGUAACGAUCUCAUGUAUUUGAUCAGUGAAAAGAUACCCUUGUAGUUACGAUGGAGCCAGCAAAGCUCUACAACUUCUUUAGAAAUCCGUCUUCACCUUUAAGACUCGCUCCAAAUCACACCCAGCAUUGACAACUGUUCAAUUUCAUUUGAUCUUACAGGGACAGGAUUUGGAACCAUUCCAGCUCAGGGCUUCAUUCAGCAGUUAUCUGACUGUCACGCUUGUAAUCAAAGUAUUUUGUGUAUUUAAAUUAAUAGAGUUUUCUCAGUGACAAGAUAAUGACGGAAUUCAACAAUACUGAAUUUCAAGGAAAACACGUUUUUUUCUUUAUUCCGGUAGGCUCUUAGCUAAAGCAUGAUUGACACGAAAAGAGGGGCCUAUUAGUAAUAUCACUAGUGAUCAAGUUCCAUAUCAACUUCAACCCAAAGAGAAUUUAGUUUGAACAGGGAGUGUUUCAGUCUUCUUGCUUCCGAUUUUAAUGCUUAACAAGACAAAGCUAGUUACAAUAGCGUCACUCUUCACUACUCUAGAGGUUCAGUUUAAUCCACUAAUAAUUGUACACUAAAUAUUAAGACAAGUAGCAACUUCUUUACCCAAGUAGUAAGUCUUCUCUAAAUGUAUUUAUUUUCCCCAUAUUAGGGUCACUGCUAAUAAAAUAAAUCUGUUUUAAGAUACAGGUGUUUCGCAAAGUAACAUAUUGGUCGAACAAUUCAGCCCUCAGUAGACUCAUAAAUGGGGGUCAUCUUGUGACUUAUCUUCUACACUUUGCAAGCUUUUAGCUAACAACACUACAUAGCUGUUAUAGCAUCAUGAUGCCUAACUACUGACCUAAAAGCAACCACGUACAGACUGUACUGUUGGGGGGGGAAUAUAUAUAUAUAUAUACUUUUUUUUUUCCUAGAAUAUUAAAACAUUGUGAAGACAUGACUAAAAUUGAGAUAAAAAAAACAGGACAAAAUAAAUGCCAGUCUGCUGAUUCUGAUUAAGUAUUGUGGUAUCGUCACAAAAAUGAGUACACUGCAAAAACUCACCAGUAAUGUGUUUCAGUUGUAGUCAAGUCUGAAAACUACUCUGAUUGCACUUAAAAUUAGAGAUUCCCUUAAAAUUGAUUUUCAAUCAUUUUCUGGCAGCACGGUGGAUGAUGCCUUGCAAUUCUGAGAACGGGGGUUCAAAGUCUGGCCCCACCUGUGUAUAGUUUGCAUAUUCUCCCUGUGCCUGCGGGCAUUUUCUCUGGGCACUCCGGUUUCGUCCCAUAUCCCAAAAACAUGCAAUUAAUUGGGGACUUUAAAUUGCCCUGAGGUGGGAUUGUGAGUGCGUAAGGUUAUUUGUUUCUACAGUUGUGUUCAAAAUAACAGUAGUCCAAUUUCAGCAACCAAAUUAAUCCACAUUUUCAGUGUAGUUUUUGUUGCUACAUGUCAAAUAAGUUACCAGUAGGUGCUGUAGAUUACCAGAAAACCAACAAGAUCCAGCAUUCAUGAUAUAGACACUCUUAAAACUGGGCAAUUUGUUGAAAUGGGUGUGUUUAAAAAAAAAAAAAAGUGUGGCAUUCAAUCAGUGAGGUCAUCAAUUUUUCUGAAAAACAGGUGUGAAAUAGGUGGCCACUAUUUAACGAUGAAGCCAAACACCUUUUGAACGUGCGUUACUCCUUGAAAGUCCGAGAAAAUGGGUCAUUCAACACAUUGUUCAGAAGAAUACUGUACUUUGAUUAAAAGUUUGAUUGGAGAGGGGAAACCUUAUGAAGAGGUGCAACAAAUUAUAGGCCGUUCAGCUAAAAUGAUCUCUAAUGGCUUAAAAUGGAGAGCAAAAACAGACACGUGGCAGAAGACAGCCAUCAAAAUAGAUCGCAGAAGAACCAGAAUGGCAAAGACUCAGCCCAUGAUCAACUCCAGGGUGAUCAAAGACAGUCUGCAGUUACCUGUAAGUACUGUGACGGUGGGAAGAGACCUGUGUGAAGCUAUCUAUUCGCAAGAAUCCACUAAAAAGUCAUGUUAAAAAAGGCAAUGGCUGACAUUUUUAUAACACAUCUUUCAACAAAUUGCCCAAUCGUACAGCCUUAACAUUGUGUCUAUCAUGAAUGCUGGGUCUUGUUACUUUUCUGACAAUCUACUAGGCCUACUGGUAACUUGUUUGACAUGUAGCAAAAAAAAUAAAAAUACUGCACUGUAUUAAGGAGAGGAUGACCGCGGCCAUGUAUUGUGAGAUUUUGGGGAACGACCUCUUUCCCUCAGUCAGAGCAUUGAAGAUGGGUCGUGCCUGGGUCUUUCAACAUGACAACGACCCAAAGCACACAGCCAGGAAAACCAAGGAGUUGCUCCGUAAGAAGCAUACCAAGGUUCUGGCGUGGCCUAGCCAGUCUCCAGACCUAAACCCAAUAGAAAAUCUUUGGAGGGAGCUGAAACUUGUUUCUCAGCAACAGCCCAGAAACCUGUCUGAUCUCAAGAAGAUCUGUGUGGGGAGUGGACCAAAGUCCUUCUUGCAGUGUGUCCAAACCUGGUGAACAAUUACAGGAAACGUUUGACAUCUGUAAUUGCAAACAAAGGCUACUGCACCAAAUAUUAAUAUUCAUUUUCUCAGGUGUUCAAAUACUUAUUUGCAGCUCUAUCACACAAAUAAAUAAAAUUAAAAAAAUCAUACAUUGUGAUUUCUAGAUUUUUCUUUUUAGAUUAUCUCUCUCAGUGCACAUGCACUUACGAUGAAAAUUUCAGACCCCCUUUCUAAGUGGGAGAACUUGCAAUAUAGCAGGGUGUUCAAAUAGUUAUUUAUAUAUAUAUAUAAAUUGUGUGUGUGUGUGUGUACACACACUGAAAAUGUGGAUUAAUCUGGUUAGUCACAUUGGACUGGUAUUAUAUGGAACAGUACUGGAUGUGUCUGGGAGCCAAUUCAGGAUUCACCCUGCCUCCUGCCCAAAGAUCCUACGACAUGCUCCAACAACACAUCUGCAACCCUUGUCAGGAUGGAGGAUGAUUGAUGUCUGGAUAUAACAGUAUAAUCGCAUUAUCAAGGCAUUUACCUGUCCACCCCCACCCCCCAAAAUAAUCUCAAGACUGCACUGAUACAAUUCAUGUGUAAUUUUAUCAAACAACCAAAACAAAUUAGUUUUGUCUUUUGAUUUAUAAUUGAAAAUAUGAGAGUCAUCUCCCAUGCAGCAGGACGAUGCAUUGUUACAUUACUGCUGGUUUAAAUUCCCACUGUGAUUUGGAGCAUCCGCAAGAGUGGCUUGAUGUCUGUGUUGACCAUGAAUUUGUGAGUCUGCAGAUGUGUCAUGAAUGUGCCAGUUUGUAGCAUGGAACUGUUUCAAGCUGAAUAUAAUCAGAUAUCAUGAUAAAUUAAGGUUUUUGUGCCACCGAUAGUGGUGACAUUUACCUCAUAAAAUUGUCUAAAAACUUUAUUAUAAGGUCUUUCUAGCCUGUACUCUUUCUGUGUGGAAACCAAAUUUGACAAUGGCAAGGCUGUUAAAAACUGUUCCGUUGAUGUAUUCAUGUUAUCUAUAUUGAAAAGAAAAAUGUACAAAUAUACUGUAUAGAAGGUGUGCCUGGAUGGAAGUAGACA